UUUAGAAGGUUGUAAUGGGCAGGCAGGCAGUGCAAGGAAAGUGAAGGCACAUUGUAGGCGCGGUUGGCAGGCGUGCAACAGUGUUUGUGUGGCCACGCGCGUCUCCCGGCACACUCCGCGACACCUCGAUGUUUGGGUUUAUUUAGGUUUAGCUUGAAAAUUACAAAUCUACAAUGAGUUUUGAGUCGACCACCAGUUCUGCGCUCCCUGAAGGGGAGACCCGCACCAACCUCAUCAUUAAUUACCUCCCACAAACUCUAACUGACCAAGAGUUUUACAAGAUAUUUGUUGUUGUUGGACCUAUUAAAAACUGCCGCAUUAUGAAGGACAUGAAGCAGACUGGCUAUUCAUUUGGCUUUGGCUUCGUGGAGUACCAGAAGCCAGAAGAUGCAGCCAAGGCCAUCCUACAGUUGAAUAACCUGCCGGUGCAGCACAAACGUAUCAAAGUGUCUUAUGCUCGGCCACCGGGAGAAGACAUUAAGGAAACUAACCUUUAUAUACAGAAUAUUCCUAGAUCAUACACAUUAGACCAGCUUGAAGAGUUAUUUUCUGUAUAUGGUCAAAUUGUGCAGAAAAAUCUUCUAAAGGACAAAGUAACUGGACUUCCGAGAGGUGUUGGUUUUGUCAGGUUUGAUAAAAAGUCACAAGCUGAGGCGGCAAUCAGUGGCAUGAAUGGCGUGGUCCCUGAGGGUGGCACAGAGCCCCUAGUGGUGAAGGUGGCAGAAGAACAUGGAAAGAUGAAGGCAGCUUAUUAUGCUGGAUACCAUGCAGGAAUUAACAAUUUGAGAGGUGGAGGAGCUGGUGAGUCAAACACAAGCCGAGGGCGUGGAAACUAUAAUAGCCGUGGAGGCAGCGGCGGUGGCGGUGGAGGUUACCAGGGUCGUGGCAACUACAAUAAUAUGCAGAAUCGUCAGUACCACCAGGGCGGCAAGAUGGCCCCAGACCGAACUGCCAAUCGCUAUAACCCCAUCGGCAGUGGUGGAGGUUAUGGUGGUGGAAGCGGUGGUGCAGGCUACUCCGGCCAUCCCACUGGCCAGUCCUCAUUUUAUAGCUUCUCCACUCCUUCGUUCAGUGGAGGAAACUAUACAUCGUUCUCCAGCAUGAACCAUAACUCCAGCAGUGAUGGUUAUGGUCGGUACUGAGGCCAGCCUGUGUGGAUGAUUUGAGUGACAAAAACAAGAUACUUGCAGGAGUUAAAAAAUUAUUAUGAGCAAUCUAUUCCAGUGGGUGUUUUGUAGAUAAUUUAAAGGAAAAUACAGAGCUAAUAACCUGUUACAGUGGUUAAACCAAAUAAUUAUCUUUUUUUUUUUCUUUGUUUACAAUGAUAGUAUAUUCUAGCAAAACGUUGUUUGAUAUUACAUUUUCCUCAUGAAUAGUUGCAUUAUAUCGAAACCUUCCAAGCGAGGGCACUGACAGCUGAAGUGUUAGUCAAGAUGUUUGUUCAUCCUAUGGAAUAUUCAGGCUUUAAUGUCAUUUGAGAAACUGUGCAAUGCAUUUUGAAUGCUUAGCCGUCUGGUGUAGUUGUCUUUAAAAGUUUUUAAGAGUUUCUUUAUGGCACUCUGGAUUUUCAGCUCUGUUUUUCUACAUUGUAACUGGAAAUAUUUUGUUAUUCAAAUUGCAGUUUCUGCAUUAUAGUUGAAAUAAUACAAUUAUUUCUAUGAACUGUUGUCACUCAAAUAUUUUUUUUUUUUAUUAUUUCUUUUUAUGUGCUUUUAAGAUAGCACAGCUGGGACUUGGUUUGCAUUCUAAGAUUUCCCCACAUUUAGUAUACUUAUUUUUCUUUUUUGUUACUCUAUAUAUUAAUCAACAUAUUUUGGAAGUGUGUGUUUUUCAUUAAGUAUUUUAUUAUACUAUGGAUUUUUCCUGCAGCAGACAAAUAAUGUUGCUGUAGCUAGAUAAUGUCAUUUAUCAUGGUUAUUAUACUGUAGUCUUAUUCAUAUAUCCUGUAAUUACAUAAUUGAUGGUUUCAUAUAUCUUUUUCCAUAUGUGUUCUUUGAUGCUUGGAAAAUGGUUUGAUAUUUUUAGAUUAUAAAAAUAAGGUUUUGCUUUAAGUUUUUCAUUGAAAUGUUGACCUCAUGGUUUUGUUUAUGAUGUUCUGUCAUUGAUCGGUAUUCAGUAUACCUGAGCAUAAUGUAUGAUUAUUUCUCUUUUUUUCCAUAAAACUAAACAAGUGUUUUGUACAGUGAAACAUUAUUUUUGCUCACACUGUAAUAAGUUACUUGACAGAUAUAUUUAAUAAAGUGAAACUAUCAA